CUUCGACACAGCCGCCGAAGGUGCGUCGCGAAAAGUGAAAAGAAAAUCCAAUUUCCACAGCUUCGGAAAGUUUUUCACAGCUAAAGUGCACCGUUGCAGCAGUUUUGUUUACUUGAAGAUUCAGGUAAAGAAUGUAGUGUUCGCUGGAGUGAGCGUUGUAGACCGUAAAAAGUGAAUCGUUUCCGGGGGUGAAGCGCCGCAGGCAUUCUGGUUCAAUCUCCCGUGUAGUGGUGCUGUCUUCUUUUUCCGUUGUUGGCGUCGUAGUGUUCGACUGCGACAGUCGCGUUCAAGAAAGAAGCAAAGAUGGCCGAUGGUGGCGUUGAAAUCGAUCUUUACGCCGACGACCUGGAUCAGGAUUACUCGCAAAAUAAUGAUGAUUUCGGUGGCGAAAGCGGCGAUCUUUACGACGAUGUUAUCGUACCGUCCGGUGAUCGCAACAAUGCGGGCCGGGGUCCGUCCAUUGACCGUGGUGAAGGAAUCGAUACGAACGGUUCGUACCAUCACCAUCCCGGUGCCUGGUCGCUGAGUCACAUUCCCCGGCGCCACCAGCUGUACGUGGGCAAUCUGCCCUGGUGGACAACGGAUCAGGACAUCGCGGACUCGGUGGCGGACGUCGGAGUGAACGAUUUUCAGGAGGUGAAAUUCUUCGAAAACCGUGCCAAUGGCCAGUCGAAGGGUUUCUGUGCGAUUUCUCUCGGUUCGGAGAACAGCAUGCGGUUGGUAAUGGAGCGUUUACCGAAGAAGGAACUGCACGGCCAAAACCCGGUCGUUACACUCCCGACAAAGCAAGCAUUAAACCAGUUCGAAAGUCAACAAAAAACACGUCCCACGCCGCCUGCUCCGGGACAAUCGAAUGGACCGCGUCCGCCAGUGCCGGGAAUGCCGAUGGGACACCCAUCGGGUGGUCCAGGAGGACCGGGUGGACCAGGUGGACCCGGUAUGGGUGGUGGACCAGGCGGUCCGCCCGGAGGAGGUCCAGGUGGCCCGGGUGGACCCGGUGGUCCAGGCGGACCUGGUGGACCACAGCCACGUAUGAUGAACCCCAACAUGCCUCCAGGAAUGCGCCAUCCACAUCCACACAUGUCCGGGCCGAUGCACAUGCAGGGACAUCCCGGGCCCGGUGGGCCUCCGCGACCUCAGGGACCACCAAUGCAUCAGGGGAAUGGACCACCGCAGCAACCGCCAAGGUUUCAGAAUCAAAAUCAAUGGAAUGGUCCGCCUCGUAUGAACGGCCCACGACCUGGCGGCCCUGGAGGUCCAGGCCCAAUGCAGCACAGGCCGCAGAUGUUCCAAGGUCCACCGAAUGGGAUGCCGCGUGGGCCUAGACCCGACUGGAACAGACCGCCGAUGCAUGGAGGCUACCCACCCGGUCACCCGGGAGGCCCUGGCCAAGGACCACCGCACAUGCAGGGUGGUCCGCACGGACCCCGUGGCCCUCACCCGGGCUCGAUGGGUGGGCCGCCGGGAGGACCGCAGGGACCAGCGCCGCACGUAAAUCCUGCGUUCUUCAACCAGGGCGGAGGCGGUCCUCCGAACCACCCGAACGGUGGCGGACCGGUUGGGCCACCGCAUGGACCACAGGGCCAGCAGGGUGGCCCACCGGCACACUUUAACCCACAAGCCGCCGGGGCACUGCGCGGUGGCCCGUGGCCGGUACAAGGUGGAAAGCCCCCGGGUGCUCCUGGUGGCUUCCCGGAGCAUCCCAUUACACCGCAGCUAAGUGAGGCGGAAUUCGAAGAGAUUAUGACGAGGAACCGCACCGUUAGCAGUUCCGCUAUUGCAAGAGCCGUCUCGGAUGCAGCCGCCGGAGAAUACUCGAGCGCUACGGAAACCCUUGCCACCGCAAUCUCGCUGAUCAAGCAAUCGAAGGUUGCGCAGGACGAACGGUGCAAAAUACUGAUCGUUUCGCUGCAAGACACGCUGAACGGCAUCGAGACAAAGAGCUACUCCCGGCGGGAGCGGUCUCGCUCGCGCGAACGCUCCCACAGACGCCAGCGCCGAGAGCGCUCGACCUCGCGCUAUCGGGAACGUUCCCGUGAGCGCGAGCGGGAUCGUGAUCGCGACCGUGAUCGCGAUCGUGAGCGUGAUGGCUCGCGCCGGUCGCGCCCAAGAAAAUCACCGGAAACCAACACCGACAACGCAACCGACAGCUCCAAACGCUACUACAAUGACGACCGGUAUCGAUCUUCGGACCGCGAACGGGAACGCGAUCGCGAUCGGGAACGUCGCGAGGAGCAUCGCUCCCGGCACUGAGCUGCUUUCAUCCUUCCCCUCCCCCCCUUUUUUUUGAACAAAACUUCUUCACCCAUCCCUACCCGAUGUGUUAGAAAAUGGGGUGAUUGACAAAACCGACCGACCACCUCCCACACUAUUGAGGCCAAUCGGAGGCACAUUUGAGACCUUUUUUAUCCAUCGGUGUCCGAUUCUCACGAUUGUUAACCCCCGUGUUUCUGGUGGGUUCUUUUUUUUUUGUUUUGACUGUGUGGGCAAAUAGGAAGGAGCAUUUGUUUCUUCACGGCAUCGUAUAAGUGUUUUGCUGUAGAGAUUAUUAUUUCUAGAAGCCGCCUACCAGUUCGUCGGGUAGUUUUCCGUUUGCUGCACCCCAUCGCCCUUUUGCUAGAAAUAAUUCCAUAUUAUCUGUUUGUGAAAAACUCACCCACAAACACACACACACACUUAUAUAAAACACGUAGUAGAAAGAGAGAAGGAUAAAAGUAUCGUUCUCGCCAAAACAAAAAAAGAGACAAAAAGCAGAUUGCAAAUCUACUCCAGGAUAUGAGGCAUUUCUUCCGGAGAGAAAGGACACAAAAAAAACAAAUUAUGAAUAUCAAUCCAUAAUACAAGUAGAACAUUAUCGUAAGAAAUUAAUGUGGAAAGCUAAACAGCAGAACAAAUAACAAUUCUGGUCGAUGAUGAGAGUAAACGAAAAAAAGGUUGAUGAGUGUUGAGAGAUAAAAAAACUAUAUACUGUUGCCUAGUGCAAACGCAAAUCGGGGAGAAACAGAAACUUAACACAUCCUUGGUACCCGUCGGUGUAAACAAGAAAAUCCUAAUCCUGUUGCACCCCCCAUACUCCAACUUUUCGCCGACGACGUGUUUCUACAUAUGCCUAUCCUCGUAUCGUAUCAAUCGAUUCCUCAUACGACGAUCGGUUCUUCAUGUCAAGUGCUAGCUCGAGAGUCGUUGUCGGUGUCGGCUGUGUUUGCUGCAGCAGAGUUCCUGUGCUGAUCCAGUCAUAGCAGAGAUUUUAGCCGAGAUAGCAGAGUCUUCUAGAAGCAUCAACAUCAGCACCAUUAGCAGCAGCAGCAGCAGCAUCUCCAGAGUCGCAUCACUGCACACAACACUCAUCAUUUCGACAGCUGAGACUCCCAGUUCCUGCGACAAAUGAAUCAAUAUUAACAGCAGCACCAAUCAACAAUGACAACGGUGUGUGUGUGUGUGAAUGUUCCAUUUACUACAAAUUGUGCUGCUGUCCAGGAUUCCCGUGUUACAUCGUUACGCGAGCUGCGGAAGAAGAAUGUAACAAAAAUCCUUUUCCCCUCCCCCCCACACCCUUUUUAAAGUCAAUAAUUAUAAACGUAAUCAGAGAGAAAAAAAACAAAAAGAAACAAAAAAAACUGUUCAAAACUUGUGUAUCGUGUUGUGUAUUCUAUCUAUAAUUUACUAGUAUUUGCAUAGAGAACGAACGGUUGUUUGAUUGUAAUUAUUGUACCUUGACCUAGGCUAAGUUGCCCGAUGAACCAAACUUUGUUACUAUGCGCCGAUUAUUUAUAUUGUUUAGUUGAUUUUUUUUUCAAUCUUAUUUAUAUACUUUCUAUUUUUGUAUUUCAUGAUCGACUCGCACACAUAGGAAAUGAUAAGAUCCUGCUCUGUACGGUGAUAAGU